AUGCGUGGCAUCGAAGCCAAGCAGCGGCUCGAGUGGGUGCAGCGUGCUCUGUACGUGAGGCCAGGUCCAUUGGCGCAGCUGAUAUCGUUCGCCCAGCGCUCGGGCGACCCCGCCUUUCUCAGCCAAUCGCUGGCCGCGCUGCCCAAGGUGCGGAUGGGCAACACGAUCGGCUACGCGUCGCUGGUCUCCACGCUGUCGGCGACCAACAACCUCGACGAGAUGUUCUUUGUCUAUGCCCGUAUGAAGGAGGAGCGAGUGCCGCUCAACAUCUUCAGCGCGGGCGCACUCAUCAACGCUUCACUCCGUCACAACAAACUGGAAAGGGCGUUCGAGGUGCUACACGACAUGAAGCUCUACAACCUCAGGAUAGACAAUGGGCUCGUCAACAGCUUUGUCACCUACUUUUUAGAGAAGCGGGACGUGGAUCGGCUGCUCUCUGUGUUGGACGCCCUGGGCGACAGGAGUGAUCUCAGCAUCGAUCGCGUGUCCAUUUUGGAUGAGCUGUGGCAGCGGCUGUCGAGCCCUCAUGAGGACUCCUCCCUGGCCUAUCGAUUCAUCGAGCGACUCUCGGCGGCCGUCCCUCCGGCUUCCGACGGAACGACACAGUCGACAGCCAGCGGACAGUCACAACAACUACAUCAACGACAACAAGGAGAAACAAAGGAAGGCGAAAACGAAGGUGGACAAGGGGAAGAAGGUGAUGGGCGACCACAAGAGUCGGAGGCGGACAAGUGGGCGCGGGUCGGCGCGUACUGGCACGGGCGGAUGGACCAGCUGCUGAACCAGCUGGUGACCCGGGGCCAGCUCGCGCGCGCCCACGACCUCACGGAGCUGAUGGUCUCGCGAUGGCGGCUGCAGCCCCACAAGCGGAUCAUCACCGUCUUCAUCCGGGCAUGCAUCACACGCGAGGCGGCCAUCAACGCCAGGGGCGGUGUCAUCAGCGGCGACGACCAGCGUCGGCCCGUGCAGCUGCUGGACGAGGUGGGGCGCAUGGUGGAGGAGGGCCGGCUCGAGGCCGAUCUGAUCACCUUCACGGCCCUGAUCGACGCCAACGCGCGGCUGCGGCGGAAGGCGACGGCUCUCCGCUUCUUCGAGCUCAUGCAGCAGCGGGGCAUCAAGGCCGACACGACCACCUACCGCGUGCUCCUCAUCAUGUGCUCGGUUCUGCGUGAUAAGAAGGAGGGCCUGCGGCUGCUGGACCAGGCCGAACGGGAGGGCGUCGGCCUGGAGAUGGCCCUGUUCACCGACGUAGUCCGCACCAUUCGAGCACUGCCCGACGGGGCCACACCCUAG